AUGACCGGCAAUGAUUUUAGCAAAGACGAACAAACAGUGACAAGAGAAAAAGGCGCUCCAACGCGACGCCAGCCGCUGGACCGCGGUUAUCCGACACCAGAGGCUGGAGGUACACGUGGCCCGCUGGCCGCGCCUAUUAAAGCCCGCCCCACCCACUCACAACCCCUCACUCCCAUUCCCAUCCCAAAUCCGCCGCUUUUGGAUCGAUUGCUGAGAGAGAGAGAGAGAGAAGAGGGGUUUGAUGAUGGCGGAGGACUGCUCGGGACAACGAGGCGCUCACCCGCGCCCUCCAGAUCUCGCUCUCGGACACUUCUUCCUCCGGCGGAGCCACCACCAGUACCCCCCCCCCCUCCCCCCCACUCCUCCUCCCCUUUCCUCCUCCACCAGAACCGCCAGCUCGCCCCCUCUGCCGCGCCCAUCCAGCCGCGGAACCGGCCGCUCGGCCCUGCCUCCGGGGCACGCGUCGCCAAGCGCAGGUCGCGCGCCUCGAAGCGGUCGCCCACGACCUACAUCAACGCCGACCCGGCCAACUUCCGGGAGAUGGUGCAGCGCGUCACCGGCAUCCAGGUGGUCGGGAAUCAGCCGCCCGCUUCCGACGCGUUGGUCAAGCCGGAGCCGAUCCGGGCCGCGCCGGGCUCCCGCGCGGCCCUGCAGCAGCUCUGCCUGCCCACGCUCGACACCUCGGCGCUCUUGCUGGCCAACGGCGUCGGUUUGCUCGGUGCGUCGUUGGAAUUCCCGGCUUUCGACGCCGACGUGGCAUUCUCGCCGGCCUUCCCCACCCUCGAGUCGUGGGGAAUCAUGUAACGGACGUUACAUGCUGUUUACCUCCUUUAUUUUUCCCUUCCUUCGUUCAAAACACCAAAAACAAAAAACCAAAAAAAAAAAAAAUGCUGUGUGUACUUUUUAACCGACUCCUGGUAAUGUGCAGUGGGGUUUAGCAAUCAAUCACGUACUUGAUGUAGUAUUGGGUGAUCAAUAGUGAUUGGUUAAUAAUAACAAUAGAUAAAAUGCUUUGAUGA